CGCGACACGUACACCACACGCGCAACGGUUUUUUUUUAUUUUUUCCCCUGUCGCCGGACGUUCGAAGGGAUGGCGGGCGCCACCAAUAGCAGCCGGGCGCUGCUUCUCCUCUGCGCGCUGCUCUGCCUGGCGCGCCUCAGCUCAGGCAACUCUGAAGUAAUGAAAGCAGUCAACAUUACCUGGUCAUCCAUCAAUUUUAAGACAAUACUACAAUGGGAGCCCAAGCCAGUCAACUAUUUUUAUACAGUUGAAAUAGAUGGGGACCGAUUAGUUCGGAAGAAAAUAUGCAUUCACACUUCAGCAACAGAAUGCGACGUUACAAAUGCGCUGAAGGAUGUAAAAGAUGUCUACGUUGCUCGCAUAUAUUCUGAAGUGCCAAACAGGGACCCUGAUGAUUUUGAUAUCCCGCCUUAUGAAGUGUCUUCAGAGUUCAUACCUUACGCCCAAACUGAGAUUGGCGUUCCAACAAUCAAAAGCUUUGAACAAAAAGAGAAAACUUUGAAAGUGGAGAUAGCGGAUCCUCUAACGCCUUACAGAUUUGAAGGAAAUGGGAGCUUUCGAAGUAUUAGGGACAUAUUCAAAGAUGAUCUAGAAUACACACUGUACUAUUGGAAAGAUCAAAGUACAGGAAAGAAAUCGGUAAACACAAAAAGCAACCUCUUUGAAAUCAGUAUCGACAAAGAGAAGAACUACUGCUUCUAUGUUCAAGCUACUGUUCCGUCACGUUCAACAAACCGUAACGGCCAAAUAAGCAGUGUAAAAUGUACUAGUGUUAGAAGAGAUGAGCUGGAUGGUCUUGAAUUGGAAGUAAUUCUUAUAAUAGCGGCUGUUGCGGUUGGAGUCAUCGCUCUAAUUAUUAUUUUAUCUGUGGUUGCAUAUAAAUGCACAAGAUCAAAGCCUGCAGCAACAAAUAAAGAGAGUGCACCCCUAAAUGCAUAAGGGGGAGAAACACUAAAGAUAAAUCGGCGUUAUUGCUGCAAAGGCGACAGCUCAGUCAGUAGAGCAUGAGACUCUUAAUAUCAGGGUUGUGGGUUCAAGUCCCAUGUUGGGCAA